AUGGCGCCCGUGAUCCCAUACACGUACAUCCAAUGCCCCUGCUCUGACAGCUCGGCUCUCGAUCGCGGAAACGACACCCACUCUAACGACUCCGUCGACGACGAAGAGCGCACCUUCGACCCGCGUGCCCCUCGAUCAAACUACAGCCUCUACCCCCUCGAAUACCUCCUCUACUGUGAAGAUUGCCAGCAGAUACGAUGUCCGCGAUGUGUCAACGAGGAGGUUGUGACAUACUACUGCCCCCACUGUCUCUUCGAGGUUCCUAGCAGUAACCUACGAAGCGAGGGCAACAGAUGCACACGAAGCUGCUAUCAAUGCCCAGUCUGCAUAGCCCCGCUUCAGUCCAUGUCCAUGGCACCGUCUCAUGACCCGAGUCAUCUGGGUGGCGAAGGCUCCUCCAGUCACGCAGGCACAUAUGCCCUCUUCUGCCAAUAUUGCAACUGGUCUUCGAGCGAGAUUGGGAUCGAAUUCGAUCGGCCGAGCGGCAUCCACGCCCAGCUGGCCAAGGUGAAGAAUGGCGGCGAACACAGACUCACGGCAAAGGAGAUCAAGGAAAGGCGAAAGGAGAAUCCGGAAGAGCCUCCCAUCCCCGACGACCAGCUCGAUACAGACCUGCAAUUCACAACCCUAAAGUCAUUCUAUCAGACGCAAUUGGCGGAUUCAAACACAUCGGCCAGCGGUAUGCAGUUCGACAGCGUCGGCUUCUCGUCCCCCGCAGCCCUCUCUCGUAUAAUGUCCCUAUACACCGGCCAUGGCCACCCAGGCCGGAAGAGACAAGGCCCGUCCGAUGUGAUGCGAGAGGCGUUGACAACCGAUGAGGGCCUGAAGGUUGUUGACCUAGAUGAGUCCACUGCCAUCAAGAAGCUACAGCAGCUAGGAUGGGAUGAGACCGCUUCAACCCAGCAGAACCUAGAACAAACUGAGGUUUCCCGUUUUCAAGACGGCCUACGGCCGAUACCAUACCUUCUCCGUACGAAACGCUCCAAGCGUUGUUCCGUCUGCCGACACAUCAUCUCCAAACCCGAGAACAAGGUGCAGUCCACGCGAUUCAAAAUCCGUCUGGUCGCCAAGUCGUACAUUCCCAACAUCACCAUCCGCCCUCUCAAUCCUACAGCGCCUCCUGUGCCUACGACAUCCCGGCCGCAAAACCCAGAGGAACCCUCGUUAGAGCCCCUGAAGCCCUAUCACUACAUCGUCACUUUCAAGAACCCCUUGUUCGACAACAUCAAGGUAACCCUAGCCACUCCGAACACCACGCCUGGCCGGUUCUCCAGCAAGGUCACCGUCCUAUGUCCUCAAUUUGAGGUAGACGCGAACACAGACAUGUGGGAUGAUGCCCUAAAGGACGACGGUCGAGAUCGGAGACGCAAGGGCGAGGAGAGUAAUGGCCAGCUUGAGGCGGGCAAGAUCUGGGAACGAGGCCGCAACUGGGUCAGCAUCGUGCUAGAGGUAGUACCAGCGUCACUACGGCUCGAUGACCAGGAGCCAGACGAGGACGAGGUGGUAGACAAGAGCCCUCUCAAGGAGGACGAAGACGUUUUGGAGAUACCCAUGUUUGUGAGGAUGGAAUGGGAAGCUGACUCUCAGCAGGACGUGGGAUCAGCUCCGGGCAAAGACAGGGAUGGCAGGGAGAAGAGGGAGUUGGCAUACUGGUGUGUACUUGGGGUGGGCCGUAUACGUCACGACUAG